AUGGCCACCCUGGCGGGCCUGGCCCUGGUCCACCUGCUGGCCACCGGCGUGAUGCAGAGCGGCGCCGCGCCAUCGCCGUGGCCGUCACACGUGGCCAGGGGAAUCAUGGCUCGCGCUCGGGCGCGCUUUCCGGGAGGCAGGCGGCAUGAGAUCGCCAAUAUGCCAUCCUGCGCGGAUUACGCGAAGGGCGUGAUCGAGCCGUUCACGGGCGAGUACGCGAUGUAUAGAGAAAAAGUUGAGGUUGAGGAGGGUGGGGGGCGCGAUGGGGGCGGCACGUUCUUCAGGUGGGAGGGGGAGAUUGAAAAGGACGAUGUGGAGAGGCUGGAGAGUUGCUGGUACUGUGGAGGCACUGCGGCGUUCAAGGUUGUGGAGGGGCGGCUGUACGUGCGGCGGUCGGGCCGCGGAUGGGGGGAGCUGUGGGAGAAGCCGGAGCUGGAAGUCAGAUACCAGGCAGCGGUGGAGAUGCUGCUGAUGACCCUGCACCUGUUUGCAAUACCCAACGUGGAUUUCAUCGUAAAUCUGGAGGACAGAAACUACUGUGGCAUGCCGGCGCUGACGUACGGGCCCAACCCUGGCUGCCAGAAGGCUGGCUUUGCAAUGCCUUCCUGGUCCACAUACAUAAACUCAAGGGGGCCGCAGCAGCUGGAAGCAAUGUUCGAAUGCCUGCAGACUAAGUACCCACGUAAAGGACGAGCAAGGAGGGCUGUAUGGCGGGGCUCCACAACUGGGUUCUCCUCACUCAACACAUCGAACUACAUGAUGAACACACGUGUGCGGCUGGCCUUCCUGGGGCGGUUCAACACUCACCUCAUGGAUGCUGGGCUAUCAUCCUACGUGCAGUUGAAUCGAAGCGACGAGCACGUUGUAGAGGUCUUGGAGAGAGACGUGCCCCUUGUACCGAGAAUCGAAAUGGACGACUUCAACGACUUCGAAGUGAUCAUAGACCUUGACGGCAAUGCGUGGAGCGACAGAUUCUCCCAGCUGGUGGUCUUCAACACGCCCCUCUUUAAGCAGGACUCCACCACAAGCAAGGAGUACUAUGGCCACCUCAUGAGGAACGGCACCCACGUCGUGUAUUUUAAAGAAGACUUGUCUGAUUUUCUGCCCCGGCUGAGCACACUGCUCGCCAGGUGUCACACAGACCCAAGGUACUGCAAUCGGCUGGUCACAAACAUGCAGCAGUUUGCGCGAGAGCACCUGAGUCACCUGGGGGUGAUGCGCGCGACGGCCCAUGCACUGGUCGAGGUGGCCAAGAGGAUCUCAUGGACACCCGAAUUGGAUGACGCCUACACGGAGAUCCCCAAGAACACCUGCUGCUCGAUGAACCCCACGUUCCCCCAAGAACUGGUUGACAGGGUCUCGCCGACGGAAAUGGUGGACAGCGCCGUCGCAGAACACUUGUAA